AUGGCUUCGCUGAGCAUGACUCACACGUGCACGGCUGGUCACGCAGCAUCGUUCAAUUUCCUCGUGAACUCGUCAAGACAGACAACACCAGUCACCGUAUCCGCGUCGGUGGGAUCACGUGUGACCAGCAACCAUGCCUCAUCGUCAUCGUCAUCGUCGCAGCCGUCGCGCUCUUCUCCCCCAAGCACGCCUUUCGUCUCAAAUCCGAAUUCCUCUCGUGCACCUCUGGCACCAUCUCUCAAGGCUACCGUGACGGAUUGCCCGCCGACGGACACCAAGUCGUCAAUCAUCACCCGCCAAGCAGACAGGGCGAAUGGUCCACCUGCGGAUGAUCCACCUCCCUCGGCUAAUCGCCAAACUGAUCCUCUGCCGGCCCUGUCUCUGGCGACAGCGGCACCUAUUCUGAAGUACUCUCCUGAGGGCAAGCUGGUGGUGGGGGUCGGAACCAUGUCGGAGGCCGAUUGGGCUGCCGCCUUCGGCAUCAACUCGGGCCACUUGAUUCCCGUCACCGUCCCUCGCUCCGCGCAGUUGCUGCUUCCGUCGGCUGCGUCCGAUUCUCGUCCCGCGCUGCCUCCCGGUGUAUCGAGCUCGCAGGACCCAGCUCCACGAUUAGCCGCGAUUGUGGGACAGGCGGAGUUGAAUGGCUCGCUGGCCACGCCUCCUCAAAAUGAGGGCUUGGAGAGGGACGGUGCUGCGGCGUUGAUGGAAGAGGAUGUGUGGCUGCAGAUUCGUGCCGAGGCUCGUGCGGCUGCGGAGGAAGAGCCAGCUCUAGCGAGCUACCUGUACUCCACCGUGCUCACUCACAGAUCGCUGGAACCAGCGCUCGCUGCGCACAUUGCCAACAAGCUCUCGUCGCCCACCUUGCUCGCCUCGCACCUGUUCGAGCUCUUCAGGGAGAUGUUUCUUGAUGACCGCAGCAUUCAAGCCGCCAUCCGGGCUGACUUGAUGGCGGUGCGGCAGAAGGAUCCGGCAUGCGACGGCUUCCUCCUUUGCUUCUUGAAUUACAAGGGAUUUGCUGCUCUGCAGGCUUACCGCGCGGCGCACAGGUUGUGGCAGCAGGGUCGAUACAGUAUGGCAAUGGCGCUCCAGAACCGCAUGUCGGAGGUGUUUCAGGUGGAUAUCCACCCCGCCGCGCAGAUAGGCAAAGGGGUGGGAGCGGGUAGUCUGGUUUUGACAGACGUGGAGGCAGAAGCCACUGUGGUCGGCAACCCUGCCAAGAUAGUGAGGAGGAAAGGUGAUGGGAAAGGGAAUGGCGGGGAUGAGUUUGUGCUGGACUAUGUCAUCUAA